AUAGAGCGGGGUACCACUGUAAUAGAUGAAAGUGGAUUUAAUUGGCCAAUUAGUCUCCAAGGUGACAUACUGAGAUUAAAAGAAGCCGAGUUGCACUUCGCUUUCCAAAACACUGAGAAAGUGCCUAAUCCUGAUCAGGUCAUGUCCUCCAGCAAUGAGAGGGACUCCAUGAGCCCGGUGAGGAGGGCACUGCAGCCUGAGCCAGUCGUGGUGGAGGAGUCCAGCCGCUGGGUUUACUACCACAAGCCCAUCAUCAUCAUGGUGAUCGGGGGGCUGCUGUUCACUGCCGGCACUGUGAUAGCCUUCCUCUACUUCUCGCGGGUGGGAAGGGUGCCGUACGCGCUGGGCCCCGUGUGCCUGUCCAUCGGACUCAUGUUCCUGGUCACCGGGCUAGUCUGGGUGCCCGUCAUCAGACAGAAAGUCCGCAAGGGACUGAUUAGAGAGAUGUAUUCCAGAAGAUUGCCCAUUUAGUUACGAUAUGGAAGACAUCGAAAGAGACUUCUAGUAGAAACCUUUUGUCAUCGGAUUUGUGUGUUUCUAAAAUUAGGCAUAGAAGUCAUAUGGACCUGGUAUUAACUGCUAUUACAUAAGUUAUAAUUAUUUAACAUUUUGGG